GCCAGAGCAAGCUCCUUCUCAGUCCGCCGCAGCCCCCAUCCGGCCAAAGCAGCCUUCUUCUCUAUCCGCCGCAGCUCCCAUCCGGCUAGAGCAGCCUACUAGUGCACUCAGUUCAUCUAUGGAAAGGUUGGCGAACUCAGGUCAUCUCCACCAACAUCCCACAUUUUGUUUGUCGUCAAUAUACAAGGUGGAGAUUGAAAUAGACGCGCUUUCAGUGGUGCAGGGUAUCAAAAGAGGAGAUGGCUCGAUGUAUCUUCACCUUAUAAUUGAUGAUAUCAUGAAGAUUUUAGAUUCUAAGAAUAACUUUAUCGUCUCUUUUUG